GUAAAGAAAGGCACGGGAAGGUGAAGAGAGUGUAGGUUUCCAGCUUCUUCCCCAAGAAAUAAAAUGUAUUUGACUUUGUCUAAGCAAAUAUGUCGUCACUUUAACGUCAUUCAUUACCUAGAAUGCAAUUAAGAUAUGGCUUUUACAUAAGCCACCAAAUUUGGUUUUGUUGCCCCAAAAUAUCCCAAGAAAAGAUCAACUUCUUCUUCUUACCAAAACUGUCGGCGUCGUCUCCUCUAAGCUCCUCCCAUGGAAGCAGAAGAAGGUCAUCAGCGUGACCGCCUCUGCGACUAUUGCGACUCCUCCGUGGCUCUUGUCUACUGCAAAGCUGACUCCGCCAAGCUCUGCCUCGCCUGCGACAAGCAAGUCCACGUCGCCAACCAACUCUUCGCCAAACACUUCAGGUCACUUCUCUGCGACUCCUGCAACGAAUCUCCCUCUUCCCUUUUCUGCGAGACUGAAAGGUCUGUUCUUUGCCAGAACUGCGACUGGCAACACCACACCGCCUCUUCCUCCCUUCAUAGCCGCAGACCCUUUGAAGGAUUUACCGGCUGUCCCUCCGUGCCUGAGUUGCUGGCCAUCGUUGGCCUCGAUGACCUCACUCUCGAUUCCGGAUUGCUUUGGGAGUCACCUGAGAUCGUUAGCCUCAACGACCUUAUUGUUUCGGGCGGGUCGGGUACUCAUAACUUCCGGGCCACGGAUGUUCCUCCUCUGCCUAAGAAUCGUCACGCCACCUGCGGGAAAUACAAAGAUGAGAUGAUCCGACAGCUCCGUGGACUAUCCAGAUCUGAGCCUGGUUGUCUGAAAUUUGAAACCCCAGAUGCUGAGAUCGAUGCCGGGUUCCAAUUCCUAGCGCCGGAUUUGUUUUCUACAUGCGAGCUGGAGAGUGGACUGAAAUGGUUCGAUCAGCAAGAUCAUGAGGACUUUCCAUAUUGCUCUCUGCUAAAGAACUUGUCGGAGUCAGAUGAGAAACCUGAGAAUGUAGACCGAGAGUCAUCGGUGAUGGUUCCCGUUUCCGGCUGCUUAAACCGAUGUGAGGAAGAGACUGUGAUGGUUCCGGUUAUCACUAGUACAAGGUCGAUGACACAUGAGAUCAACAGUCUUGAGAGGAACUCUGCUCUCUCUCGCUACAAAGAAAAGAAGAAGUCUCGAAGGUACGAGAAACACAUCAGGUAUGAAUCACGCAAGGUUCGUGCAGAAAGCAGGACAAGAAUCAGGGGACGUUUCGCCAAGGCAGCAGAUCCAUGAAUGAUGAUGAGGUUACUUUGAUAAUCAAAAAUCUUUUGUAUUAAUCGAAUCAUAUAGUGUGUAUGAUCAGAUAAGUUUUUGUAUUCUAAGCUUAGGAGUUAUCACUGUAUAUCGACCACACUCUCAAAAUUGUCACUUAAGAAUAGUUUUUUUUUUGUUUUGCCUCCGAUUCCUAAUUUGCCAAAGGGCAAGCAUGGACGAGCACAGAACAAAACAUGGUUCACAGUUAUAUACAAUCUCAAGACAAGCAAGCAGCAAAAGAACUUGUUGUAAUGUUAGAAAGUGAGAUUGGACCCAUUAAAGAUCCAUGGAGCAAGAAGGGCUUGAUGUAAUUGAUAUUAUGGGCUCAAGUUGUAACAUAGUAAACCCAAUAUAGGUUGGCAUGUUUGGGCCAUUUUCUUUUAAAGCCCAAAUAUAAAAGCGUCUCUUCCCGAUGGCCGGCGAAACAGAAAUUCCGCUGCCGUCGCAGCUUUCACUCUUGUUUUUUUAUUCAGAUGAAAUUGGAUGGCCGAUGAAGACAAACAUCCAAAGGCAUGGGCUCGCGGCAACAACUAUUUGCAAUCUACCAAUAUAUAAUAAUCUGAGGCAGUAUAAAAAUACAAAAAAAAAUGACAACACUUUUUGGCAGAUCAUUCCUGCUACGAUGAAUCUGUCCCAAUGAUAAUCUGAGAAGUAAAGUAAGUUUUGGUUGAACAAGGAAUCUGGAGUGGGUUUUACUUGUUGAGCAAUCAGUAAGCACUAAAUCAUGUAUCAGAGUUGUGGUUAUAUUCUCUAUGUUCUUCUUAGAAUUCAAAUAUGAAUCUGACUUGGA